CCUAGCCUACCAUUUUUUAUUUUUAUCUUUCUUUCACAGCACUGUUAUAUGAAAUUAAUUAACCGUUGAAUUUUCACCUCAUCAAGUGAGAAAUGGCCAUUGCUCCCAUGGAAAAGAUAACAACAAAAGAUUUUUAUUGCGUGACUGUAGUUUUUUAUUACACUUUUAUGAUUCUUCUUUUGGGGUCCAUGAAGCCGUGUUAUUGUACUAUUAAAGAAGCUCCCCUGUGACUACUUCUUCACCUGCAAAGCCCAACUUAGUGUUCUUUACAAUUAAAAAUCUCUAGACUUUUGCAAUAAAUACAUCUUCCCUUCUAUUUAUAUUUACGUUUAAAGAAUAACAUAUUGUCAGUUUUCUUUUUCUUGCCUCUCUCUCUCUGUUUUCUUGCUCUGGCUUGGUGUUGAAUGAAGAUGAAUUUGCUGUUUUCUUUAUCUUUAUGGGUUAUUUAUGGUGGAAGGGUGGUGGUUAUGGCGGCAAGUGAUACUACUGCGACACAGAGGAAGCUUGAUCAGACACCUACAUGGGCUGUUGCUAGUGUUUGUGCUGUUAUGAUAAUUAUUUCUAUCUUACUUGAAAAGGGUCUUCAUAAAUUUGGAACUUGGUUGACACAUAAGCACAAGAGAGCUCUAUUUGAAGCCUUGGAGAAGGUUAAAGCUGAACUGAUGGUUCUAGGAUUCAUUUCACUGCUCCUGACUUUUGGGCAGACGUACAUUACAAGAAUAUGUGUUUCUCAAAAGGUUGCAGACACUAUGUUGCCAUGUAAAGGUGAUGCUGUAUUAGACACUGAGGAAUCUACCGAAGAGCAUCGUCGGAGGCUAUUAUGGUUUGAGCCCAGAUUCCUAGCAGGUGCUGAAACCACUACUUUAUGUAAGGAGGGGCAUGAGCCACUUAUAUCAGCUGAUGGAUUGCAUCAAUUACACAUCCUCAUAUUUUUCUUAGCAGUCUUUCAUGUGGUAUAUAGUUUAACUACCAUGACACUUGGAAGACUAAAGAUUCGUGGCUGGAAGGCAUGGGAGGAGGAGACUUCAACCCAUGAUUACGAAUUUUCAAAUGAUCCUUCAAGAUUCAGGCUUACUCAUGAGACAUCUUUUGUCAGAUCACAUACUAGUUUCUGGACUAGAAUUCCGUUCUUCUUUUAUGUUGGAUGCUUCUUCCGACAAUUUUUUAGGUCUGUCAGCAAGGCUGAUUACUUGACAUUGCGAAAUGGAUUUAUCACAGUCCAUUUAGCUCCUGGAAGUAAGUUUAACUUUCAAAAAUACAUCAAAAGGUCGUUAGAGGAUGAUUUCAAGUAUGUUGUGGGAAUAAGUCCUAUCCUGUGGGCAUCCUUUGUCCUUUUCUUGCUCAUAAAUGUUAAAGGAUGGCAAGCAUUAUUUUGGGCUUCGCUGAUCCCUGUGAUUAUAAUCUUAGCUGUUGGAACAGAGCUUCAGUCUGUUCUGACAAAGAUGGCUCUUGAAAUCGCAGAAAGACAUGCGGUAGUUCAAGGGAUGCCUCUUGUGCAAGGCUCGGACAAAUACUUCUGGUUCGGUCGGCCUCAGUUAGUGCUUUAUCUUAUCCAUUUUGCGUUAUUUCAGAAUGCUUUCCAAAUAACAUAUUUCCUGUGGAUUUGGUAUGAAUUCGGAUUAAAAUCUUGCUUCCAUGCUAAUUUCACGCUUGCAAUAGUCAAAGUUUCUUUAGGGGUUGGGGUGCUGCUUCUCUGCAGCUAUAUCACACUUCCACUAUAUGCUCUUGUAACUCAGAUGGGUUCAAAUAUGAAGAAGUCAAUCUUUGAUGAACAAACAAGUAAAGCCCUUAAGAAGUGGCAUUUGGCUGUGAAGAAAAGGCAUGGGAAAGGAGGGAAGUCUCCCACCAGAACCUUUGGUGAAAGUCUAAGCCCUAUGUCCACAGUCCACUCUUCCUCCGGACGUACACUGCACCGUUUCAAAACCACUGGGCACUCAGCCCACUCAUAUUCCUUGGAGGACCAGGACAUGUCUGACAUGGAAGCUGAGCCAUUGUCGCCCUCACUACCAACAACCAACUUGCUUAUAAGAAUGAGUCCAAAUGAUCAAGCAACUGAAAUAACUGAAACCCACCGCGACGAAGAAACAAGCAAUGGAGAUGACUUCUCUUUUUCCAAGCCUGCACCAUCAAAAGAAACAAAAUGAUAAUCAGUUACAGGCGACCGAAUUCCCCUUGUACAUGUAGUUCUGAGACUGCAGGCAGUUAGUGGCAAAAAAAUUUUGGGUUCAUUUCUGUGCGUGUCUAUAUAUUAUUGGAUUUGAUAUCCACAUAUAGCCUUCCUCCCUGGUCUAAAAUAUUAUCUCCAUUAUUCAUUCUUUCACUGUGAUUCACUUUCUAGUUUCUGGCCACAUGAGUAUGUACUUUUAAUUGGGACUUUGCAA